CAAAUAUCAAUAAGAUAGUGUGGCUUAGACCACAGUCGUACUUGGAGGAAAAUGUGAGAGUCAUACAUACAUCUACUCAUAAACUUAUCCUUUCAUAAGCCACUGCAUUGCAUUUCUAAUCUCCUCCACCCAAUUCAAUAUCCAUAUUACUCCCUUUCUCGUCUCACUCACAGCCCAUUACAUUUUUCCUCUCUUCUUCUUUUCCACUCAGUUUUCAUGGCUACUGCAGUUAGUGCAGCAGUUUCUCUCCCAUCUUCCAAAUCUACUUCUCUUCCCACCAGAACCUUUGCUAUCUCAUCUGAAAGAAUCACCUUCAAGAAGGUUCCAUUCUUCUACAGAGAUGUUUCUGCAGGAGUGAGAGUGGCUUCAGUGAGAGCCCAGGUCACCACCGAGGCUCCUGCUACGGUUAAGAAAGAAUCCAAGAAAAGUGAAGAAGGUGUUGUUGUUAACAAGUUCAAGCCUAAGGACCCUUACACUGGCAGAUGCCUUUUAAACACAAAGAUCACUGGUGAUGAUGCUCCUGGAGAAACCUGGCACAUGGUCUUCAGCACUGAAGGAGAGGUCCCUUACAGAGAAGGGCAAUCCAUUGGGGUGAUCGCUGAUGGUGUUGACAAGAAUGGGAAGCCUCACAAGCUGAGAUUAUACUCUAUUGCUAGCAGUGCUCUAGGUGACUUUGGAGAUUCCAAAACUGUUUCUCUCUGUGUGAAACGUCUUGUGUACACUAAUGAGAACGGAGAGAUUGUUAAAGGAGUCUGCUCAAAUUUCUUAUGUGACUUGAAGCCUGGGGCUGAAGCAAAGAUUACAGGACCUGUGGGGAAAGAAAUGCUUAUGCCUAAGGACCCCAAUGCCACCAUCAUCAUGCUUGCAACUGGAACUGGAAUUGCUCCUUUCCGAUCAUUUUUGUGGAAAAUUUUCUUUGAGAAGCAUGAAGACUACAAGUUCAAUGGUUUGGCCUGGCUUUUCUUGGGUGUGCCAACUGGUAGCUCCCUGCUUUACAAGGAGGAGUUUGAGAAGAUGAAGGAGAAGUUCCCUGUUAACUUCCGGGUUGACUUUGCUGUGAGCAGGGAGCAAAAGAACCAAAAAGGAGAGAAGAUGUACAUUCAAACGCGAAUGGCUCAAUAUGCAGAAGAGCUCUGGGAAUUACUGAAGAAAGAUAGCACUUAUGUGUACAUGUGUGGGUUGAAGGGCAUGGAGAAGGGCAUUGAUGACAUAAUGGUAUCACUGGCUGCUAGAGAUGGCGUUGAUUGGAUCGAUUACAAGAGACAAUUGAAGAAAGCUGAGCAAUGGAAUGUGGAAGUCUACUAAAUGCUUACUUUCUUGUACAAAUCACCUCCAUUUUCCCUUUUUCCUUCUUCCUCAAUCUGUAGAUAGUUAAUUAAUGUGUAUUAUUCUCUGUAUUUUUUCCCCUUUCUUGAUGAAGCAGUUCAUCUUUCAUCAUCUCCACAGAUUUUUCAAGACCCGAGUGAAUAUCAUGUAGAUGCAAAAUAUUGCAGCAGAAUUCAAAAUGCUUAUAUGAGUUCUAUUUAUAUUUUCUCAUAA